UGUACUGUGUUUGUGCCAUCUAGCAAUCCAUGAUGGUACUGCAGCCUUGGAACAGUUUGUGUGUCUGGACCAGAAAAUGUGCCGUCCCACACCCCUGACAUCCCAAGAAACCCCCCAUGCCUGUCUUUUGAAUGUUGACCUGCCCGGUUUAUGGACAUUUGCUACCCAUGAGGAGUUCUGCAGUUUGAGUGUUGAUCAGCUGACUGAGAUCAUCAGCCAUGAUGAGCUGGAUAUUAAAGAGGAGAUGACAGUGUGGGAGGCUGUGGUGAGAUGGGUGCAGCACAGCAGGGAGGACAGACUUCACCACCUGCCCAGUAUCCUCCCUCACAUCCGCUUCAACCUGCUGACCUCAGAUGACACGGCAGCCAUCUUGAAUCACCCUCUGGUCAGGAGGGAUCCUGGGAGGUCCGUCAUCAGGAACUUGGUAAAGGAGACUUCCAACCUACCGAGGAGACUUGGGAUGGACUCGCUGGAAAUGGCUGUGGUUUUCUGUACAAGGACCAAUGAACAUGAGAUCCUCUACAUGAACCCUCGGGCAGGGGAGUACAUCAGCGGCAAAUAUGAUUUUGAGAGUCUGCCUGAUGCCCAGGCCAUAACAGUCACCAGCAACAACGAUAUUUACGUCCUGGCAAAAGAGCCGUGGGAAAGUCACUCGUGUCUGUUUCAGUACAACCACACAGACGAUGCGUGGGAGCGUGCAAUCCCAUCGCCAGUGUGUAGUCCUGACCGAAAGAAUUUUGCAGAGCACAAAAAGUACCUCGUUGAAGUCAAUGGGAUCUUAUAUUACCUUUGCGUGGUAAGUACAAGGAGCAAUAAGUCAUUGCGGGUCACAAAGUACAGCUGGGAAACAGACCAGUGGCAGGAGUGUUCACAGCUGGAGCUUGGCGAGGGAGAGGGUGAACAGGUAAUAUUGCCCUGUGGUCCGCACAUCUAUUUCCUCAUGAACACAGAAAUGCAUCGCUACAACCCAUACAAGGACCGCUGGUUCAAGCGCACGCCACCGCAAAUCGUUCCUCGACUCUGCACAGCCGCUGCGCUCAGAACAGAGAUCUUUUGUGCCGAUCUUUACUUCAGGGAGGCCAUGGUGUACCAUACAGAUUCAGACCAUUGGCAGAUUCUUAAAGGCUGGAUGGAUGCAGGAAGCGUUGAGACUGCCCAUACGCCCCAUCUCUUUGUCUUGGAGAACCAGCUGUACUUAUACUUGGAACGCUAUGACAUGGCUUUAGAGACAAUUGAAGACUCUUUCCUAUUUGUGUAUGACAAGUCCUCAGAAGCUUGGAGUUCUAGAGGUUUGAAGCCCACCAUAUUUGAAGUCGGCAGCACACACGUGGAUAUGUUGUCUGGUCCCUUGUGCCCUGUGGCACGCAUGUACCUUCCAUGGCUAGAGAAGAAGGGCAUAGACAGAAGACUAAAAGAAGCUGACAAGGAAGAGGAGGAAUGUGUAGUACACAUGGUUUAGAUCUCAUAUAUCAUUGAACAACAGGGCAAACACCUUGGAAGGUAUCUCUUCAAGUUCAACAUAGCCACAGACAAUUUCAAUAGAGAUAUGAUUGCACUGUCCAGGACAGAAUGACUAAUUAUGUGAUUGAUUUAAAGACCCAUGGUGAUAUGUAUUUUAUUUUUCAGGGAAAGCUACAACAUGUAGCCUCCCUUGCAGAAGGAAGGCUGGUUUCUGAUAUUUAGCAUAGGAUAAGGUUCUCUAAUGAGGGGUGAGCAUGGAACUCCGGCAUUAGAGAAUCUUAGCCAAUGCUGAAAAUCAUGAAUCAGCCUUCCCAAAAAAAUAAAUGCCAGCACUGCUAAAAGUCUGAAAAGGAGGCUAACACAUGUUCAAACAAGAUCACACUUUUUUUUCUCCAAAUUUUUCUUCUUCAUGCCAUACAUCCUUUAUCAUCUUCGACAUAAUUAUAUUUAAUUAAUUUCAGGUGUAUUUGUUUGUGCGUGUGCAUGUGUGUAUGUGUGUGAACAGAAUAAUCUUUGAUGUAAUGGGCCCCCUAGCAGUUUUCUAAGCUACUGCAGCAGAGCUUCUGUUAUUGUUUUGGACUUGCUGUAGUCGUGAUUUUAAAGUGGUUAAGCAGAGAGUAAGUGCUAUAAGUUUGGGCCACAGGGGCUGAUUUUGUUUCAAAGUUUAGAGGACAAUAAGUCAAAGAUUUUGAUGUGUGACUGACCCAGGUAUACUCACAGUCGACAGGGCUAACUACAGCUUUAUUUAUCUAAACUGUUCUAUUCUAUUCAUUUAUUCUAUUUAUCUAAAGCCUUUUAAACCUACAGCGCUAUCGCCUUGUAUAAAAACUCAAUCGCAGGUAAAUCAUUUGAUGCGUGUAAUGGUGUUAUAUGUCAUUUGUGGUCAUAUUCCCACUCACUCCCUGUCACUCCACUGAUAGUGCAUACAAAUAACCAACCCAAACAAACAAGCAAACACCAUGUACGUAGUUAAAAGACAACACUGAGUUGCUGUCAAAAACUUUAUUGUGGGAGUGCAUUAACCUUUCAACUUGCUACAUACAUGACAUAUAAAGAUGAUGGUUGGUACAUUUUCUGCGACAGACUUUAUACAGCUGUUUGUGUAGUAACCUGUAGAUUAAAUAGUUGUACACAUUAUAAUCAUUCUUAAAAGAUGCAGCAUCACAUGAAUUGUAUUAUCGUAACGAUGCUUUGGUAACUUUUCUUCAUGAUACUACACGGGUGUUCCAGAUUAAUACAUAUUAUGUAUGUCCACAAUACUCCCAUAGAUACUUGUACAUCUAUAGUGGGUUAUACGUAAUGCUUUAAAUGAAUGUAAAAUUACAAUAUGAUACAAGUGAAUGAGCAAGAAGUUGCAUUACAUUAUUACUUUAUUAUACAAUUAAUUCAACAUUUAAAAAAGCAACUUUCUCCCCCAUUUUCGAAGUUCGCAGAGAAACCUGCAUGCAAAUAUUUUUAUAAAUAUGUUUUCAUUUAAUUAAGAAACAAUAAAAGAAGAUCUACAUAACGUGAAUUUUACUUUUUUUGCUUCUUUUGGUCUAUUUGACACUCCAGAUCUAAAGGCCUUAUACAUCCUGCUUUGUCACCAUUACCGUUUUACAUAAAGUAUUGAAAAAUUCAUUAUCUUAAUAUUCUGAUGUUGAAUAUUGUGAAGAAAAAUGCUACGUUACUAUUUACAAAGAAGCUUGGCUACGAUAGACAAUUUCUCAUAUUUACAUGUACAUCUUGGCAAAUGUCAAAUAUUCAUCUAUUUAUUCAGAUUUUCAGAUUUGAAAUGUUCUGAGAGGAUCCGGUAACAUGAAUAUAGCUGUCCUCUACCAGGCCGGAUCCUCUAAUAUAUAGAAACAUAAUUAGAAUAAACAAGUUUAUGUUUACCUGCCAACAAAGCAGACGUGCGCGGAUCUAGAUAUCAUUAUUGUCAUGGACUAACUGAGGAGUGACAUCUUCUGCUCUCCCAUAAUCUUUUCCAUAGAGGAUAUGAGCAGCAGCAGAUUUUGCCUGUUUACCGUUAUUAUGGUAAAUUGCCGGUGAGGCGACAGACACUGCUUCCUCAUAAGAUUGGGAAGAAAUAUUUUGAGCUGCCUCAGCCCCAUGGAUGAACUGACCUGAAUUGAGAGCCUCAUCGCCAUACACAUGGUUAACCAGAGAAGACACUGCUGCCUCAGCGCCACUCUGAUUAACGGCCUGGGGGGUAUCAUAUCCAUUCUCAAACACAUGCCCCUCGGCUUCAAAACCAACAGAAACGGAAUCCUCGUCAUUGUCAUAAACAUGUAUCUGAGCUUGUUCCUUUGUACCUGCUCCCUCGUCAUUCCCAUAUAUGUUAGCUUGUUCGAUUGUGCCUGUUUCAUUGUCAUUAUCAUAUACAUGAUCUUGUCCGUGUGUACGUUUUAUAGUUGUGCUCAUGUUGUUAGAAAUAUCGGAAGAUGCAGAAGUUAAAGAAGGCUUUCUUUUCCUGCGCAGAAAUAGACUUGAAAUAAUACCAAAUAUAAUCAUGACUACGCCAAAUGUACUAGAGCCAACUUUUAGGGAGAAGACUAACGUGUCAGCAUUGCCUUCUGUCUGGUCAGGCGGAAAGGACGCAGGCGAAGCGAACUGGGGGGAAACUGAAGUUGGGCUUCUGAUGUCAACAGUUAGUGUGGCAGACAUGAAUCCAACAGGACCUAAUGCAACGCAGGUGUACAUACCAGCAUCUGCCUCUGUAACAUCUGUUAUGGUGGUAGUCAGUGUGUCAUUAGCCUCUACGGUUACUCUUCCACUUGUCUCAGCGUUUGCGUUGAGCCCAGAUGGGAGAAUAAUCGUCAUCUUUGCUGAGGAGAUUCCCGAAGCUUCACAGACCAGACGGAGAGUGUCCCCCCAAAACAAUGUUUCAUUCUUGAUCUUUGUGAAACUCAGAGUGAUCGGGACACCAUAUAGUGUGGAAAGUGUUGGCUUUAU